AAUUUCGUAAAAAAUAGUUAGGCUUCAUUGCAUGGCUCGUGGUAUAUUUAAUCUGCAACGACCGAUGCAUCCACAAUCUUAUCGGACAUAGUCGUUCGCGUCAGCAUGCCAAGACGGAAGCAAGACACACCACAGCGACUGAAAUCUAAGGAAAAUCUAGGAAACAUUUCUGAGAAAAAAGGAGGCCAAAAUUGCGAAGGCAAACGAGGCUGCAAAGAUGUUACGUCACUAGCGAUAACAGAACCAACCGAAGAAUCAGGAGAUAAACUUUCGAAUAUUUGUGCGCAAGAAAACACAAUAACUUCGCACGAAACAAUGCAUGGAGGAAGCAACAAUAAACAAGAGAGUACAACAAAUGGAGGUGACUCGAAUACUCCGGAUGAAAGUAUUCACGAGGAAAAGGUAAAUGAGCCGAGUUUGCCAGAUAAAGCCAAUGGCGAAAACGAAUUACAUGACACAGUUGCAGGAUCAGUUCACGAAUCGUUUACGAACGGUUGUGAAUCGGUGGGAAAGCACAGUAAUGCUGUUAAAACAAGUGAUGAUACUUCUCUUCUUGAUGCACUAGCUACCGUAGCGGCUUCACGUUCGACCUCACCCACGCAAGAAACACAAAAAGAAGCAAAACGUCAGUCGUCGACUGGAUCGGAUUCUUCAAUGCCAAUCAAAAAACGCGGGAAACGUAUUUCCACUCCUGAUUCUUGCGUUGAUCAUGUUGGCACAGCGUCCUCGCAUCUGUUUUCGUCCGAAAAAACAACGGAUAAAUCACUCGAAUCUAAGAAAAAAUCUUCACGCAUUGAACACUCUUCAACCAAUCACUAUCAAGCUUCAGACCACGUGUUUCACAAAACGGCAAAUGAAGACAUUAGAACAGCUGCUGCAAUGCAACAUGCUAAUCAAUUGCAUCUUAUGGAAGCAAUGAUGCAACGACAAAGACAAAUCUACGAAGAAUGUACCGACAACCAAAAUAAUAAUUGGAUGAAAAUGCAGCGAAAUGACAAUAAUUGCUUGAGUAAAAGCAAAGCAAAAAGGUAUCGUUGGUGCGUGCAGAAAAAUCAAGAAAAAGAUUCAAUUUCUACAGCAAGCCCCAAUACCAGUAGAAGUUCUCAUCAAAAUCAACAAACAACAACUAAAACGGCAACAACGUCCACUGUACCAACGAGAUCUUCAGCUAACGAUUGUCAAAACCAUCAACAAAAUUCCAAUUCUUCGUCGAAUGUGAAGAAAGUACAAACGAAACGACAACCAAAUCCUAUGCAAGAUAAACUGUACGGUACUGUAUUCACUGGAGCAAGUAAAUUUCGAUGCAGAGAUUGUGGAAAUCCAUUCAAUACUUUGGUUGAUUUAACUGUUCAUAUGAGUAAAACAGGACAUUAUCGAGAUCAAAACAUCGCAGAAUUCAAAAGUCAAAAUGACGUCAAUGGAAAAUUCGCAAAACCGAAAAAACGUUCAAUGAUGGAAAUGGAGGAAACGGAAUCAGCUGAAAAAGUGUUGAAAUGCUUAGGAUGUGGACAUUCAUUCGACUCUCUACAGGAUUUGACUGUUCACAUGAUCAAAACUAAGCAUUAUGAAGACGUUCCAUCUCUAAGAUUUUACAGCCAGAAAAAUGAAUUCUGUGCUUCUGCUAAUGGGAGUACGCAUACAUCGAAUGAAGAAAAGAACACACCUUUACUUACCCAGAUAAAUAAUAACAAUAUAUCAAACGAUAGGUCGAUAGGUUUACAAUCAAAUGGACAUCGUGAAAGCCCGACACACGAACAGAAUAAUUAUGAGCAACGGGUUUCACAAUCUAUGUACGGAGGUUUUUCAAAUCUUGCCAAUAUGCAAGCUCUUGUAACUCAGAAUUUGUUGACUGGUUUCCCGCCAUAUAUGCCAAUGGCGUUCCCAGGUGCCAUGAAUGGAUAUAACAACGCCACGACUGCAUUUGCCGCCGCUGCCGCCAGUUUAUUGUUAUCAGCUCCAUGGUUGAUGCAGGUACCUGGGUUUGGUCCAAAUAUGUUAUCGCCGUUUUUUAAUCCUGUUCCUCUUCCAGCCUCUUUGUCUUCUCAUUCAAGACAAAUGUCUCCGAUAGCUAAUAUUGACAAAUUAACGCCGUCUCCGGUACCAGCUUCUGCUACCCCUUCCCCCAAGGGUAGAUCCACCACACCAAGUGGUCGGCAUACACCAAAUGAUAGAUACGAUGAAAUAUCGAGAUCAAAAUCUCAAAUACUUCGCUGCUCUCAAUGUGGAAAGUCGUUUUCAUCUUUACAGAAGUUGACCAAUCAUAUGCGUGAAGCUACACACUUUCCAAAUGCCACGACACCGCCCAUUGAGAAUUCGUCUCUUCAUCAUUACCGGAAAUAUAGCGAAUCUCCUGAAAGAUCUAUACGAAACAAUUCAACCUUUUCCAAUCACUCGAAUGCAAACAUCACUGGACCGUCGUCAUCGCCUUUAGAACAUCUUGCAAAGCUAGCGUGUGGCAAGUCAACUUUGGGCCAGCUCGGUUCCGAUACGUCAUCACGUUCGAAAAGUCAUUCCAUAGUCGGUAGGCAGUUGAUCAAAUCUUCUCCGGACAUCAGUAAUCGAAAAGAUUCUUCGACUAAAUCUCCACAAAACAUGUCGUCGCCCUCUCGUGAUAAAUACAUAAACCCGGAUGACAAUUCCAAACCAACUUCUUCAGAAUCUCCUAAAACUGGAUUCGAUUUUAUUAAAUCGUUAGAAACGACAAUACAAAGCGCUAUUAGCAAAGUAAACGAACCAUCCAUGUCUCCUAAGCAGAAUAAAAAAAGGAAAUCAUCACUGAAUUACAAUCAUCAGAAUGCGAGUCAAACUGUUCAAAAUUCCAGGGAAUCAGAGUUUAAAUUGUUCGGAUCUCAUUCAGAAAUGAUUUUCAAUCAGUCGUCUCACGUUAACUCUAAGAAUCGACAACUCAAGCGACCCUCUUCUGACGGAGAAGAAUAUCAUCAUAGAAAUAACGGAGAAACACACUCAGCAAAGAUGAAACGCUUGAAUUAUUCUCCACCUUUGGAUCUUUCCAAAAGUGUGUGUAACGGGGCUACAGCUCCAUCAAAAACAGAAAAGAAAAGCUCGAAUGGUAACGAAAUGGAGAGAAAAUCAAAGGAAACACAAAGAAAAGAGACGUCGUCAGCAGGCGAUACAACGAGCCUUGCUAAAAACCCUCUUCAAUGCAUAAGAGAUAACAUGCGAACAUGGUUCGAUCCGGACGUAAGAAGGCGUUCAGUACCUUCUUCUAAAUCUAGUGAAAUACUAGAGAAGAGUAGACACGAGGGAAAAAGUGUUGCAAGAAAUCAAGACUCGAAGACAAUAAGUCGUGACGAAAAGAACCCCCACAAAAAAGAAAAGACAAAUCCUCUAAAAGAGAUGCAAAAAAUAGUGAAUGCGACAGAAUUGACAAGGCGUCCAGAGAGUUUGACAGAAGUUGCUUCAAAAGAUCCGACUUUUCUUAUAAAUCGGACGAAUGUCGGGCUUCAAAAACGAUCUUCAGAUUUACAAAACGGACUCAAAUCAGUUGAUGCCAAGCGUUAUAAACCCGACUCUGUCUUGCUGGAUUUGGUGAGACAUGAGAACGAUUCCCCACCAGCUGUAAAUCCGUUGGCACAAAUGGAACAUCUCGUAAAUCUUAAAAUUGGCGAAAACGUAUCAAAUUCGAAAACAUUGUCCAACUCAAUAUCUAAAAAUUCAAAUCUUGCCAAACCAUAUACAUUAUCUCCUCCACACGAUGCAAACGUGGCUUGUAACGGCACAAAUCCGAUGUCCGCUCUGCUGAACCUUUUUAAGGAAGCAGGUAACGAUGUUCUUUGUAACAAAACCGACCGAAGCGCUGAUAAUCACAAAAUAAAGCAUCGUGAACAUAGAGAAUCAAACUCAAUAUCAAAGCCACCGAAAAAGGCAAAGCGACACAGGAAUCAACAACCUAAAAAUAAACUGCCAACUGAAGAAAAUCUUGCCACAAAAAUUCAUAAAAAUUUAUCACUUCCGGACGAAACUGCUAAACUCCGAGAUAAAAUGGCGGACUUUUUUCGAAGUAUGAUUGCGAAAGACCGUCUUGCCUCUUUCCCACAGCAGUCAUCAAUCAAAGAAGAACCAAAAUCACCUUGUCAAGAAAAUGAAUAUCCGGCACACAUAUCCGACUCCGAUAAAGAUGCAACACCUCACAAGUGUAAAGUCGAGAUUUCAUGUUCCAGUGAUUCAAAUCUACAAGAAAUUCAACUUCAAAUCAUUUUUGCUUCCCAUUUCGAUGAAAAUUUAAAAGAAAUUAAAAUUCCAGAACAAGAAAUGAAGAAAUUGUCACUCACCACGGGAAUAUCAAUAAAAACCAUAAAGGAAUGGAUAUCAGACAUUCAAGAACAAUUAUCAGAGAAUAGAAAAUGCAGUUUUAUGAGAUUAUCAUCUGAAUCUGAAGAGAGUUCAAAAUACAAUUGCACACAUUGCAGUAAUAAUGACAAUGACAAGACUAAAUCUACUAAUGAUUUAUCAGCAACCGACUUCCUCAAACAUAUAUCAACACAUAUAAAUACAGAUUUGCCUGAAAAUGAACAAAUUGAGGAAAAUUCCAACCAUGUCCAUCAAGAUUGGAAAAUGUUGUAUAGAGGAGCCAUGCGUUUUGAGCCUUUGAAUACUGAAGGACCACCCACGUCAUAUUCUCUGACAGCUCACGUGACUAAGACAGAGCCACUCAUGCAUGAAUUUUCACCGCCUUCUCCCACAGAUGACGUAGUUACGGAACAAAAACAAAAAAGAUGUGGCGAAGGGUUAAAGGUCACAGACGACAGUCCAAUUCAAGUUUCAGGAUGAGGGGAAUUGUGUCAAAAUUAAUUCGAGGAAAUAUAUUAGGAUUGCUACGAAUUAUGUUGACCCCCAAACUUGGACGACGUGCUGAUACAUUGGAUGGAAUGGUUUCUAGAACACCACCUUCUGUUUAUAUUCUAUAAGUAAUCAGAUAAACUUCUGCCAGCGUCACUUCUACCACCCGAAAUCAAUAUGUUCUUUUCACUCGAUAGACAAGGUUGUAUGCACUUUAAUGCACAACUCGGAGCGACACAGAAGGGAGACUGACUUUAGUUAAUAUGUAGAAUAUAAGCUUCAAAUAAGUCUUCCCGGACAUACAUAAGAAAAGCAGCAAGUUGUUCAUUUAAGAACGUAUGAAUGCAAUUUUUGACAUUUGAAGCAAAGCUUUUUCUAUCGAGGUAAAAAUAUUGUCGAUUAUACUGUAUUUAUAUAGUCAUUUUCUUUCACUGUUUAUGUUUUCCAGUAGUUUGUGAUUAUUAUUUUUUAAUUUGAACGCUGCAUUUUAUACGCGCCCAUUUUGCCGCCUUAUCCCUGUUCAUUGCGGCUUUCACAAUGUUAUGACGUAAUAAUUCUUUAUAUUUACACUUUCUGUUAUUUAUCCUUCAAUAUUCCGACCAUGACUUUAUUUUAUUUGCAAUAAAGGAAAAGUAGAUGAGAA